AUGAAUACUACACGAUAUUAUCACACUGCAUCCAUCUUAAAGAAUGGAUUGGUUUUAAUUAGUGGUAGACCUUUCGAUGACUCUUUAGAUAUUUCUACAGAACUGUAUGAUCCAUCCACAGGAGUGUGGACGAAUACUGGCAAAAUGUGUAGUCAACGGGCCCAUCACAAAGCUUCUGUAUUAACAGAUGGAAAGGUGCUAGUUACUGGUGGACUACAGGGUUUUGAUCAGUUAGCAAGUGCAGAAUUAUACGAUCCAUCAACAGGGUCGUGGAUAAAUACUGGAAACAUGAUUACAGCACGAUGGCAGCACACUGCAUCUACAUUAGCAAAUGGAACAGCCCUAAUUGCUGGUGGUCAAAAUGUAGAGCAUCUUGUAACGAGUGAAUUAUAUAAUUCAUCAAUAGGGCUAUGGACAAAGACUGGCAACAUGACGAUUGCACGACAUCGGCACACUGCAUCUGUAUUAACAAAUGGAAAAGUACUAGUUGCUGGUGGAUUAGAUGAUAAGAUACUUUCUAGUGCAGAAUUAUAUGAUCCAUCAACAGGGUUAUGGACCAAGACUGACAGCAUGAACGAUGCACGAAUGUGGCACACUGCAUCUGUAUUAGCUAAUGGAACUGUGUUAGUUACUGGUGGAAAGCAUCCCAUUGGUACAUUAAGUAGUGCAGAAUUAUAUGAUCCAUCGACCGAGUCAUGGAUAAUCACUGGUAGCAUGCAUGAUGCACGAAUUUUUCAUACUGCAUCUGUAUUAACAAAUGGAAAAGUGUUGGUUGUUGGUGGUACUAAUGGACAUUCUCUUUCUAGCGCAGAAUUAUACGAUCCAUCAACAGGAUUAUGGACAAAAACCAUAAGUUUGAAUACUGAACGACAGUCUCACACUGCAUCUGUAUUAACAAAUGGUAAAGUUUUAGUGGUUGGUGGAUUCGAUGGCUUGUCUGAGUUUAAUAGUGCAGAACUUUAUGAUCCAUCAAUAGAAGUUUGUAAAGAUGCUAGUAGCAAGAAUACUACUUAG